AUGCUACGUCAUCAACCUCAUUUGUUGAUCGUCCGUCCGUCCCUCCGUUCUUUCUUUCCUCCCCUCUCUUUCCCUCGUUACAAUCACGCUGUUCUCGGGCCUGACUGCCCCCUGCGUAAAAUCGCUGUCCUAGGGGCUGACUGCCCUCUCAACAAGCGCGUCCUUGUGCAAGUCAGGGUGCUAGCCAUGCACGAGGAGGAGGGGGAGGAAGGGGAAGAGGGGGAGGAGGGGGAGGAGGCGGGGGAGGGGGAAGCAUUAGAAACUAAGGGAACCCCGAAGGGCAAGGGAAGCCCGGGGGGAAAGGCAAGCCCGGGUGGAAAGGGCAGUCCUGCUAGCGUUAAAAGCAGUCCUGGGAGCAGCAGCAAGUCUGGCUGUGCGGUCAACGGCUGCUGUGAGCCUAAGGGCAAGAGCCAUAGUCACGGGGCGGGUGCUGCUGCUGCUGCUGGUGCUGCGGCUGAUGCUAGCCGUCCGAUCAUGAUCUGCUCGCUGACCGCGGGCGGCCCCAUGGAAUGCUGUCCGUUGGAUCUGAUGAUGGACGAGCCGUUUGAGAUCAGCCUGGUGGUACCCGAGGAGGGAAAAGGGGCAGGAGGAAAUUGUUCGGUGCAUUUGUCGGGGUAUUACAUGGCUGAGGGGGUGUUGGGAGGGGAGGAGGAGCAUGGGGAGGAGGGAGAGGAGAGCGAGGAGGAGGGGGAGGAGGGAGAGGAGGUGGAUACGGACGAGGAGGACGCACACCUGGCAGGCCUGCCGCUGGAUUGGUCGAGGGCAAUUGUAGAUGAUAGCGAUGAAGAUGAUGAGGAGGAUGAGGAAGACGACGAGGAAGAUGAGGAUGAUGAGGAGGAUGAGAUGGAGGGGGUGGUGCUGGCAAACAGCAGUCAAACGGGAGUGCGUAUAGUGGAAAUCACGGAGGAGGAGCAGGGAGCAGGGAAGGCGGCUGUAGCGGCUGUAGCAGCUCUCCCCAGCUCGGAACCCCUGGUUCAGGAGCCCAAGGCUGCUGCUGGUGGCACUGCCAAGGGGAAGAAGGGUGGUGCAAAGGAUAAGAAGCAGCAGGAGACGGGGCAGGCGCAGGGGAAGGCGCAGGGUGCAGCAGCGGCAGGGGCGGAGAAGAGGAAAGGAGAGGCGGGCGCAGCAGGAGGGGAAGCAGCCGCAGCGGCACCACCAGGGAAGAAGAGCCGCGUGGCCGAGCAGAAGGACGCCAAGGCAAAGCAGGCGGAGCAGAAAAAGAAGGCAGAGGAGGAGAAGAAGAAGAAGAAGAAGAAGCAGGAGGAGGUGCAAGCAAAGAAGAAGCAAGCAGACGAGGAGAAGAAGAAAAAGAAGCAGGAGGAGGACGCAAAGAAGAAAAAGCAGGACGGGGAGGCAUGGGCAAAGGCAAAACAAGCAGCAUCCGGAGCAGCAGGAGAGUCGCCAGGAGCAGGGGAGGAGAAGCAGGGGAAGACGAGGAAAAGGGUCUUUCCGGGCGGCAUGGAGGUGGAGGAGAUCAAAAUGGGGAAGCCCGAUGGGAAGGUGGCAGAGCCGGGGAAGAAGGUCAUGAUGAGGUACAUUGGCCGUCUCAAGAAGACAGGCAAGGUCUUUGACUCCAACCUCACCCAUCCCCAACCGUUUGCCUUCCGCCUCGGCGUGGGAGAAGUGAUCAAGGGGUGGGACGUCGGCGUGAAAGGCAUGCGGAUUGGCGACAAGAGGCGUCUCACCAUCCCUCCUGCCCUCGGAUAUGGGUUCAGGGGAGCCCCGCCCAAGAUUCCCGGCAACGCCACUCUUGAGUUUGACGUGGAGCUCAUUGGCGUCAAGUGA